UUUCCUCCUCCUCUUUCCUCUCCUGCUUCUGCACUUAACUGCCACAAGCGUUUUCAGCAGGAGAGCAUCCCCCUUCACACCCAUACAAACAAAGUCACCAACCCAUUAUCUAUCAUGCCUGCACUUGCUGUAACUGAAACAAUGGUCUCCGAAGUAUCCCAGAAGAAAAUGAAGAAGACCCCCAAAACUCCCGCCGACACCCAUGAUUUAGAAACUCCUACUGAUAAGAAAAGCAAAGAAAAAAAAUCGAAAAAGACCAAGAUUGAUUCUGGGUCUGAUUCAGAGGAGCUGAAGAAGAGCAAAAAGAAAGAGAAAAAGCGAAAAGCUUUGGACUUUGAUGAUGAGGAAGAGCAGAAGAGUGAAACGAGCUCCGAGAUAUGCGAGCCGAUAGAUGAGAAAAAUAGGAAGAGGAAUAAGAAGGCUAAAUUGGAGGAGGAAGAAUUGGUUGUUGAGAAGAAAGUGGAGGAUCCUAAUGUGUUGUCUAAUUUUAGGAUUUCAAAGCCUUUAAGAGAGGGUUUGAAUGCUAAAGGAAUAGAAGCACUUUUCCCUAUUCAAGCUAUGACUUUUGAUGAUAUUCUUGAUGGGUCGGAUUUGGUUGGACGAGCUCGUACUGGUCAGGGUAAAACACUGGCAUUUGUUUUGCCCAUAUUGGAGUCCCUAACAAAUGGUCCUACUAAAGCAUUGCGAAAAACAGGAUAUGGGAAGGCUCCAAGUGUCCUGGUGCUUUUACCUACUAGGGAAUUGGCACUUCAGGUGUUUGCGGACUUUGAAGUUUAUGGCCGGGCUAUGGGGCUCGCUUCAUGCUGUUUGUAUGGAAAUUCUCCCAUGGGAGCACAACAGGUUCAACUAAAAAGAGGAGUUGAUAUUGUAGUGGGUACUCCUGGAAGAAUUAAGGACCACAUUGAAAGGGGAAAUCUUGAUUUCAGGUCUUUAAAGUUCCGUGUUCUUGAUGAAGUCGAUGAAAUGUUAAAAAUUGGUUUUGUAGAUGAUGUCGAACUUAUUUUAGGCAAGGUCGAAGAUGCAAGCCAAGUUCAAACAAUUCUUUUCAGUGCCACUUUGCCAGACUGGGUGAAGCAUAUUGCUUCUAAGUUUCUGAAACCUGAUAAGAAAACGGUUGACCUUGUUGGUAAUGAGAAAAUGAAGGCCAGUAAAAAUGUGAGGCAUAUUAUUAUUCCAUGCUCUAGUUCUGCAAGAUCUCAGCUGAUUCCCGAUAUCAUUCGGUGCUACAGCAGUGGAGGCCGCACUAUAAUNCACCUUACAAUGUUGAUUAUACGAAUAUAUGAAAUACACACUUCCAGACUCAUUUUUGUAUUUUGUUCUCAGGUUACACUUAAAGGAUUCAGAUCAGGAAAAUUCAUGACAUUAGUGGCCACAAAUGUGGCAGCCCGUGGAUUGGAUAUUGACAAUGUUCAGUUAAUCAUCCAGUGUGAAGCCACUAGUGAUGUUGAAGCAUAUAUUCAUCGAUCUGGAAGGACAGGACGGGCAGGAAAUACUGGUGUUGCUGUACUUCUGUAUGAUCCAAGGAAGUCCAACAUCUCUAGAAUUGAAAGAGAAUCUGGUGUGAAGUUUGAGCAUUUAUCUGCUCCACAGCCAGCUGAUGUUGCUAAAGCAGCUGGGAAAGAAGCUGCUGAUAUAAUUGCUGAAAUCUCCGAUAGUGUCAUACCCGCAUUUAAGGCUGCUGCGGAGGAGCUUCUGAAUACCUCUGACCUAUCACCAGCAGAGUUGCUUGCGAAAGCUCUUGCCAAGGCUGCUGGCUAUUCUGAGAUCAAGACUCGGUCGCUUCUUACUUCUAUGGAGAACUGUGUUACUCUGCUUCUUGAGUGUGGGAGGCCCAUAUUCUCACCUUCCUUUGUCUAUAGUGUCUUGAGGAGGUUCCUGCCUGAGGAGAAGGUUGAAUCAAUCAAUGGUCUUACUUUGACGGCCGAUGGAAAGGGGGCAGUUUUUGAUGUAUCUGCUGAGGACUUGGACGACUUUCUUGCAGGCCAAAAAACUGCACAUGGUGUAAAUUUGGAGGUAGUGGAAGCCUUGCCUCAGUUGCAAGAGAGAGAGAAGCCAAGAGGUGGAAGAUUUGGAGGUGGUGGUCGCGGUGGCUUCUCUAACAGAAGAGGCGGAGGUGGCUUUUCUGGAGGAAGAGGGGGAAGAGGUAAUGGGAACUUUGGUCGCAGAUGGUAAGGAGUGCUGACACAAUUCUUUUGACAGCUGACAAUACAAGAUUUUGUCCGGUUGCAUUCAAAAUUUUGGUAUAGCGAAGAAAAUGUAUCAGAUUUCAUUAAGCUUUCUUGCUAUGUAUUAAUUAAAUUUAUAUAGGUUUCCCCUCCCUCUACCUUCGCUUCAUUCAGCUUUUCCUUAGUUGGCCUUUCUUGUAGGGAAAAAGAGUUGUAGUAUUCUGGUUUUACGAUAUGUUUGGUUAGACAUUUCAAGUUAUUGGAUGACCAUUUAGUUUUGCGUGUA